AUGUCCAUUAGCGAACUCAUUGGCAAAUUCCAAUUUGUAAGGAUCCUUAAAUCGGAUUCCCAAACAAAAACAAUAUCAUUGCUAGGUUCAAUUGACAAUGAGCAUGCUAUAAUCACCCUCGAAAAGUCACAUUUCCAAUUCGAAAACCACAAAGUUAACGAGUUAAUUCAAGACAUAUCUUUAAUUAACAACAAUGACAUUUACUACUGGUCAAUUGGUUCCCUCUUACAACAACUUCCUGAAUUGCCUGGUGCCAAGAUCAAUUUGAUUUAUCCUGCUACAGAGACCCAUAUCCAUAAGUAUGAUGAGCAAACAUACCAUUACAUCCGCGAGACUCCUGCAAUGUAUGAGAAAUAUGUCGUGCCUUAUAUUAAAAGUAUGAAAGGCGAUCGUAUAAAGUGGGUCUACAAUAUCUUGUUCGAAGGUAAAGAAAGUGAAACCUUUGUGUAUCAUGACAAAGAUCCUUCUAAUGGAUUUGUCUUGUUGCCAGAUAUGAAGUGGGAUACUAUAAAUUUACAAACUUUAUACUUGUGCUGUAUUGUUAAUCGAUUGGAUAUUUCGUCAGUUCGUGAUUUAAAUGAAAAUCAUAUUGAAUUUUUGGAAAGCUUGCAAGAAAAAGUAAAGCAAAUUACAGUGGAGAAGUACAAUAUAGGCAAAAACCAGUUGAGAAUAUUUAUUCAUUAUCAACCUUCAUAUUACCAUUUCCAUAUACAUAUUGUCAAUGUUGCCCAUCCUGGAUUAGGUGAUGGUAUUGCGGUCGGAAAGGCUAUUCUUUUAGAUGACGUUAUUGAUAAUUUAAAAUUAGAUGGUGAUUAUUAUAAAAAGAAAACUAUUGGCUAUUUACUCGGUGAAAACCAUGGGCUUUGGAAAAUAGAAGGAUAUACAGUGUCUAAUAAUUGA